AUGUCAGUGCCUGGCCCCCCGGACCCAGUUUUUACCCUGAGGGGGAGUGGCAGUCCCAUCACUUACCUCAAGUUUUCUGACCCCUCUACACAACAGCUGUUCUCGGGGUCAGAGGAUGGAACCGUCCACAUCUGGGACCUGAAGACCCACCGGUCUAAGGGGACCCUAAAGACCAGCCCUGGGCAGUCUGUGCUGUGGAUUGAGUUCAUCAGCAGUGAUCAAUUAGUGACUUUUGGGAAAGAUGGUGUGGCUCAUACAUAUAAGGCUGCAGAUGGAAGCUGGGAACAAACUGGUGAGAUCCGUACAUCAGCCAUGGGUUUUUGUGGGGGUAUUAUACUAAGGCAAGACAAUUUACUUGCCCUUCCAAGUAACAAAACAUCUGCAAUUGAUUUGUAUGAUUUAAAAUCUCUUCAGAAAGUGAGAUCCCUCUUUGACUCUAGUUCUAAGCUUGGAAUGACUAUGUCCAUCAAGUCUAUCGCUGACUCUUCUCAAUUCUUUGUGGGAUAUGAAGACGGUAGCAUUGGAUUGUGGGAUAGCAAACAUUCAGAGAUCUUGGACAGGACAAAAUUCUUUGAGGAGUGUGUGAUGUGUCAGGAUUACAGUUCCGGAGCUAACCUUGGAGUUUGCGGAUCUCCAAGCAAUAUGUUAUUUACCUGGAACAGGACAGAGAACCAGAUUAUGAAAGGCAGCAGCCUAGAAAUAAAAAACCCUGGAUUUAAUGAUAUCCGAAUCCGUGGUGAUCAUAAAAUAUUUGCAACUGCUGGCUGGGAUCAUACGGUGCGAAUCUUUGGUGUGAAGAAACUGAGGCCACUAGCUGUGUUAACUUACCACAAGGACAGCGUGCAGUGUCUGGACUUUUCCCGGGAUAAUAUGCUGGCAUGUGGGUCUAAGGAUCAACACAUCAGUUUGUGGAAGAUAUACUGA